CAAAGUCCAAUCACAAUGUCUCUCACACGCUUCACAACCAGACUUUCAGCAGUCAGAAUCCCAGCUCGGCAAUUCUCGAUUUCCACAUCCAAAAUGGCCGAUAAAUCCAACCUCGACGCCAACAAUCCCAACAGCAUCGGCCGCGAAUUCGAAUCCGACGGCAAGAUCGGCAGCGCAGGUCAAAAAGUCGGCGGACCUUUCGCCGCAGACGGCACAGUAGGAAAGGAAUUCACGAAGCAAGGUUCCAUCGGCGGGAAAGCCCAAGAAAUGGCCGAGUCAAAGAGCGUCUUCGAUAAGGAUGGAGCAGUUGGGAAAGAGUUCCAAGCUGAUGGAAAGAUCGGACAAGUCGGAGAGGCUGUGGGAGGGCCGUUCUCUAAGGACGGGGCGAUUGGAAAGCAGUUUACUGAUAAGGGAGCGGUUGGCGGGACGGUGCAGGAGAACUUGGGGUCGAAGAAGUCGUAG